GGGGGGGGUGAACGCUAGCCCCUUACAAAACAUUCUAGAAACGGCCCUGGAAACAGGAUUUAAGUGGAAUUGCUCACGGAACUCAGAGGGCUUCAAACGUGUAGAUUCGCACGCUUCUUCUAUUCUACAGGUUGGACGGUAUUAAUACGACACUCCCCCCUGGUCGACGGGAGCCAGACGCAGCCCACGGAGGAGUGGAUGGCUUCUGUAAUAAAAAUACAUGAAGAGAAUUGAGGAAAAGAAGAUUGGUUGGGGGCAAAGCCAGCGACACGGCGUCCUUUUCUUUCUGCCUCUUCCCCGGUGCGGAGCCACGGACCCGUGCGCCGCUUUUUUGGGAGGGGAGGUCACAGUCGGGCAUAAUUUCGCUGCGACUAGCGAGAGCUCCGUGCGAAAUGUCGUUUUCUGUGUGGUUUCCUUGGUUUACCGAGCUGACACGGAGAUAUAACUGUACUGUAUCCCAGCCUAGCGGAUCGGAGUGAAAGUCCGCCAUAUUCUGCCUUACCACGCCCGGGAGUGGAGCCAUUGGAAAAUAAACGGACAACCUCUCGCUCAUGUGUUUUUCUCGCCAACGCAGACUGCGAGUUGGAAAACAAACAAGGUAUUUCAGAGAUUUAAAAUACCAUCAGCGUUGAGGACUUUGGAAAGAGCCUGGCCGGCGUACGGAUGACAAUACCUAUCCAGAGCAGUGCGGAUGGUGUGUUUUAAAAAGAUCUGUUGAUCAUACAGACACAGGAGAUCAGAUUAUACCCAUCGACCGAGCAAAAAAAAUUCAACUAAACCCGCUUUCUACUCUGUUUGAAGCUUUCAGCAGGCCCAGAAAGCGAACCGAAACACAGGGAAGAGGGUGGGAGGGGGUGGGGGACUCCAAUAAUUCCUCUCAAAUAUCUUAUUUUCCGUCUCUACUCCAGUCUGAACACGCAGACCCAUUACAGCAGCGGUUCAUCACCUAAAGCCGGCCUGUAUGAGGACGUUAUUGGACAUUCACAGGCCUCUGGUUUUCCCUCCGCGACAAAUGUGAAAUCUGAAUGACUCAAUACAGAGGGGGGAACAAACGGAGUUAUAGUGCGUGUUUGAAAAAGGAAAAGGACCGAGAAUGACCCUGGAAUCCAUAAUGGCGUGCUGCCUCAGCGAGGAGGCGAAAGAAGCCAGGCGGAUCAACGACGAGAUCGAAAGGCAGCUCCGCCGGGAUAAGAGGGACGCACGCCGGGAGCUGAAACUGUUGCUUCUCGGAACUGGUGAAAGUGGGAAGAGCACAUUCAUCAAGCAGAUGAGGAUCAUCCACGGUGCCGGUUACUCCGACGAGGACAAACGGGGUUUCACCAAGCUCGUCUAUCAGAACAUCUUCACGUCCAUGCAGGCUAUGAUCCGAGCUGCAGAGACGCUGAAGAUCUCCUACCAAUUAGACUCCAGCAAGACUAAUGCCAACAUUGUUAGAGACGUGGACGUAGAGAAGGUCACCAGGUUGGAGAGUCCUUACAUAGAUGCCAUCAAGAACUUGUGGAAAGACCCCGGCAUCCAGGAGUGUUAUGAUCGAAGGAGGGAGUACCAGCUCUCAGACUCCACUAAAUAUUACCUGGACUCACUGGACCGGAUCGCCCAACCAGUCUAUCUUCCCACCCAGCAGGACGUGUUGAGGGUUCGAGUCCCGACCACGGGCAUUAUCGAAUAUCCAUUUGAUCUCCAGAGCGUCAUAUUCAGGAUGGUGGACGUCGGGGGUCAGAGGUCGGAGAGGAGGAAGUGGAUCCACUGUUUUGAGAACGUCACAUCCAUCAUGUUCCUGGUCGCCCUCAGCGAGUACGACCAGGUGUUGGUGGAGUCGGAUAACGAGAACCGGAUGGAGGAGAGUAAAGCUUUGUUUAGAACGAUAAUCACAUACCCCUGGUUCCAAAACUCUUCUGUCAUUUUGUUCCUGAACAAGAAAGACCUGCUGGAGGAGAAGAUCAUGUUCUCCCAUCUGGUCGACUACUUCCCAGAGUACGACGGAUCUCAGAGGGACGCUCAAGCAGCUCGAGAGUUCAUCCUGAAGAUGUUUGUGGACCUGAAUCCAGACAGCGAUAAGAUCAUCUACUCUCACUUCACCUGCGCCACCGACACGGAGAACAUCCGCUUCGUCUUUGCAGCCGUCAAAGACACGAUCCUGCAGCUCAACCUGAAGGAGUACAACCUGGUGUAGAGUGCGGCUCCUCCCUGAAACACUGACUGACUCGAUCUGUGAAAAGAUAGCUUUCACACACACAUACACACAGCCACACACACACACACGCGCACACACACACACACACACACACACACACAGAAAUACACGCUUACAAAUUAUCUAAGGAAAACAAAAUCUAACAGUUGCAUAAUACUAAUUUAUUUGCCCUUUGUUGACCUCUUGGUACACGAGGGGUUUCAUUUUGCUAUUUAAGGAGCUCCAUCACAUCUGCCUUUUUAUAAACGACCUUUCUUUUUGUAACCCUCCUCAUCUAUCAUCCUCUCCAAAGGUUCGCCAUGAACGUUAGCUUAACAGGAAGUGAUGUAACAUCUCUCUUAUCAAUAGCCUCUUUUUUUUUUUAAUACAUCUUGUUGGCAUGUCUCCUGUAAUGUUGCCAUAAACUGUGAUUUUUAAAUUAUUUGAGAUUGAUUUGAUAUUGAUUGACUUCAAUCAUUAUUCUUGUUACAUUGUUUUGGUACCAUUCAGAGAUUUGAGCACAUUUACUGCUUAUUCGGACACAAACGUGAAGUUCAGGACAAGAAGGAGAAAUCGCCUGAGCGACGAGGUGUUGAAGAUGCCUUCCACAGACUGCCGGGAUGAGAGGGGCUCUAGAUUUCUGACACAUUUACUAAAAGUGUUUUCUUUAAACCGUGCCACACCGAAGCUUUUUUUUUCAAAUUGUAAUUAUUACCGAUGCCAAAAACAACUUGAGCACAAGAAUGCUGGUGAGGAGAGAAAAGAGCAGGAGUAGCAGACGGACAUGUUGAUCGACCAUGCAGGUUAUGAAGUGUCCACCGUCCAGUCCAAUCACAGCUUAGCAGUAUCUCUGUGUCCAAUCACGGCCCGGCUUUCCAGACUGUUGUAGCUGAACAAGAAGUGGAGAAUAAAUCUGGUCGGUUGCUACGUAAAGAGGCAAAAAAAAAAAAAAAAGGGCAGUGUU